ACGUUAAGGCGCACAACGGAAGUCCAGCUCAGACAGUCAUGGCGAACAGCCGUGCGGACAUAGCAAUGUUACAGUCAAAACACCGCUCAUGGAUAUGCUGUUUAUUCCUGGUCUUACAAUUAACGUCGCUGCCAGUUUGGGCCAAGCCGGACAGCCUGAAAGAAGUCACCGACGGGAACUGGGAGGACAUCCUGGCUGGAGAAUGGAUGAUUGAAUUCUACGCACCCUGGUGUCCAGCAUGCCAGCAGCUGCAGUCGGUGUGGAAGGAGUUUGCAGACUGGGGGGAUGACAUGGGGGUCAACAUAGCCAAGGUGGACGUGACAGAACAACCCGGUCUGAGUGGACGAUUCAUCAUCACUUCACUUCCUACUAUUUACCACUGUAAGGAUGGCGUCUUCCGGAAGUACCAGGGGGCUCGCACUAAGGAUGACUUCCUCAGCUUUGUUCAUGAACAGAAAUGGAAAGCAGUGGAGCCGGUUUCAUCUUGGUUCGGGCCGUCCUCCUUUUUAAUGAAUUCAAUGUCUGCUUUGUUCAAGCUCUCCAUGUUUAUCCGGCGUUGUCAUAAUUACAUGACGGAGCAACUGGGGAUCCCUGUUUGGGGAUCAUACGUCAUCUUUGGCUUGGCCACUCUGUUCUCCGGCCUUGCGCUGGGACUGUUACUGGUGUUCAUCGCAGAUUUUGUCUUCCCCUCUCGACGAUUUUCUUCUCCUGAUUACUACCAGAAGAAACAGACGAUGGAGCAGGCGAGGUUAAUCCAACAUCAAGAGGACGAGCAUGAGGCUGACGGCGAGGAAGACGACGAUGAAGAGGAGGAAUACGAGGACGGGGACCAGGAUGACGUCUGGAGGAGAAGAAGAGGGUCCCCUGAGGGCCGCCCAGAACCCAAGGGACAUGGUUUCUCUGAUGAAGCUCUGAGGAAGAGGGUGGUGUGCAGCCGUGAGGAGGAGGAGGAGGACAGCUAGAGCAUCGGUGUGGAGCGUCAUAUGGCCCCUACUCCUUUUGAGAGGAGCGCCGUGGAGUGAGCAGAGUUGGAGGAGCUUUGGUCCCAAGCAAAAGUGUUUACAGCCGGGAGCCCUAAAACCUCCCCCCCGCCCCGAACCUCCCCUCCUCCUCUUCCUCUGGGCCCCCAGAAACACCUCGCUUCUUUUCUUCUCCUUCCCUCGUUUUCAACAGGAGCGCUUUAGACUCUCACCACCGCCCUCUCCGCCUGAGCAGCAGGCUCCAUCUGGAAAAAGCAAAAACACUCCUGACACCUGUUUUCGCUUGUGGGAACAAAUCGCCUGGCUGAGGUUUAGGUAUGAAGUGCAGUGGAGCUGGAUUUUGCAAUGUUGUUUAUGCUAUGCAUCGUUUUUUAAAGAUUUGUGUGUUGUUAUAUGUUUAUCUCUGAAUUAUUAUACCAGGCUCGUUUUGAGGUUUAAGAUGUUGGGUUUUACUCUUCAGCUAAUGUAUACACAUUGUUAUUUUAUGUUUCAUAUAUUUUACAGACGUUGACAGCUCAACCCAACAUAACAAUGUUAACACGUUGUUCCACUCACAGUGAAUAAUGGAGAGACAAAUGAAAAGAAACGGCCCCAAAAUGUUAUAAUACUUAAGAUUUCAUUGGCAACACGAAGGUUUAUUAUUACAGCAAACACUCUGAGCAACUUUGUCAGAAAUCCAACCCGAACAGAAACCGGUGUAUCUGCUACAGUGCAGCCAGACAAAUUCACAUUGUUUUAAUAAAUCGUUGUUUCUCAAUAAAAGCCACCUUAUGUUUUGCAAGUUGAAUGCUUUCAAUUCAAAGCAGCAGUAGGAAAUGUUUGGUUUGCAUCAGCAGUAACUCAAUAAAGCUGUGGUACAGCUGCAGGAAGUUCCAUUCAAUUAUAUUUACCCUCACUCAGUCCUGAAAAAGGCAGUGGGUAAUAAAUAAACACUGAUCAGAGUCGAUGCACUAUGAAAGUGAUGCUACAGUUAGUCAUCUGGUAGUUUGAUAAUAUAUGACAAUAGUGAUAAAACAUAGCAGAUUAAUAAUAAUAACUUAAUAAUAAUAACUUCUCCACAAACAGUGCAUCGUUGUCUGAGUCGGCCAAACAAGCACAAUCCGCCUGGUCAAAGUUGAACAAAGGUGAACUCUGACCUGUGAAUCCUCCUUGAUUUAGUCCUUUGUUUGGACUUCAAUAACAGAGGAUGGGAGAUGCAGCAAAUAUUCGUACACCAGAAAUGUAACGUGACCAUGCCUUGAACUGUAAACAGUGCGGCUGAUGUCAGGGAAAAUAGGGGAUGCUGGAUUAAAUACAUCUCUCAUUUCCUAUGAAUCCAUAGUUUAAGUCCAGCGUGGGAAUGGUGGAAUCAACCAUAAAUAAUGAGACAAAUACUGAAUGUAAACAUAUUUAAUGGCUACUACUAAAGAAAAUGCAGACCACAAAUAUAAAAAUACAGGGUUUGAUUUCAUGAAAAUCUUACGGAUUAUAACUUUAACAUGGGCCACAGAUGUUUCAGUCUCAGCCCAGUUGUCUGUCUGUGCAUCCUUUUGGCACAGGUAUGUACGAUUAAUGUUUUUGGGGCAGGAACCCCCUUUAUAGCAUCUGUGCUUUGCUCUGCAAUCGCACCGAAACAUUGACUUUGACGGAGCUGCACUGUCAGUUUGCUGAAAAAUAGACCACUUUAGAUAAAAAGAUUCACUAGACUAUAUUCACUCCAAUUAAAAGGCCUGGUGAAAGUUGUUCCGUAGAAACUGUAUGUCCCCUUAAUAAUGUGUCGUAUUAUGAACAAUUGUUGAUUAUCAACAAUCUGAUAAUCAACCAACAGGGUGUUUAAUUUUUUGUUUACUUGUGGUUCUCUACGUAAUGAACUCGGAUGUGUUGUCGACCUGUCAGUUGGUCUACGGUACAGUAUAUGCAUGCCAUGAUAUAAUUAAAGAGACGAACAAUUUAGGGACUCCGGCUUCCUUUUAUAAAUUGUUGUAUAUGGAGAGAGGUGUGGCAUAUCCGUCCUAACGCUGCUCUGACGUGUGGAGCAAUGAGAGGACCUGAAUGAAGCUGUUUGACAAACGGAAGCAUAACUCAUAACUCUUUAAACCACUUUAAAUUGGACUUUUGCUUUAGUCGAAAAAUGUCAAAUUAAACAUGAAUGUCUGAAGAUAACUCAUCUAAACAACCGUCAUUUUGUUUACAUUGAUUUCUCACUGAAAUCAUGAACACAAUGGCACUCUCAUGCAUCUGUUUCAAACAUUAGCACUCAUUAGCACAGCCUGUAUGCAUUUCAGUCUUGUAAAGCAAAAGGGAGCAGUAGGUGUGUGUGUUUCUAAUACACAUUUCACUCUGUUGUUUUGAUUAGGAUUAUGAUUGACUUUGAUUUUUAUGCUGGUUUUUUAUUCCAGAAAAGCUAAUUACUACUUUCUGUGUUGGUUAAAACAGGUUGUAAUUUUUUACCCGACCACUAUUUACUGCUUGUAGCAUUCACACUUAACUCUGAGCGAACUGUGCUCCUCAUCGUUUGAACAUUUCUUUGAAUAAAGGAUUAACUCUGAA